AUGCCUGAGAACAUCUCCUACGCCAACUGCUGCGAGGCGGGCGAGCUGGCCAUGCGCCCGGACUGGCCGGGGACGGGCCGCGCGCGGCCCUCGGGGACCGCCCGUCCUCUCUGGGAGGCGCCCGCGCUGUCUACCGUGCUCAUCGUCACUACCGCGGUGGACGUUGUGGGCAACCUCCUGGUCAUCCUCUCCGUGCUCAGGAACCGCAAGCUCCGGAACGCAGGUAAUCUGUUCUUGGUGAGCCUGGCAUCAGCUGACCUGGUGGUGGCCCUGUACCCCUACCCGCUAAUCCUCGUGGCUAUCUUCCAUGACGGCUGGGCCCUGGGGGAGGUGCACUGCAAGGCCAGUGGCUUCGUGCUGGGCCUGAGUGUCAUUGGCUCUGUCUUCAACAUCACUGCCAUCGCCAUUAACCGCUACUGCUACAUCUGUCACAGCAUGGCCUACCACCGGAUCUACCGGCACUGGCACACCGCCGUCUACAUCUGCCUCAUCUGGCUCCUCACUCUGGUGGCCUUGGUGCCCAACUUUUUCGUGGGGUCCCUGGAGUACGACCCACGCAUCUACUCCUGCACCUUCAUCCAGACGGCCAGCACACAGUACACAGUGGCAGUGGUAGUCAUUCACUUCCUCCUCCCCAUUGCUGUCGUGUCCUUCUGCUCGCGCAUCUGGGUGCUGGUGCUCCGGUCCCACAGGAAGGCCAAGCUGGAGACCAAGCUGCGCCUGAGGCCCAGCGAUGUCCGGAGCUUCCUAACCAUGUUCGUGGUGUUUGUGAUCUUCGCUAUCUGCUGGGCCCCGCUGAACUGCAUUGGCCUUGCUGUGGCCAUCGACCCAGAAGGAAUAGCUCCCCAGGUCCCGGAGGGGCUCUUUGUCACCAGCUACUACCUGGCUUACUUCAACAGCUGCCUUAAUGCCAUAGUCUACGGGCUCCUGAACAAGAACUUCCGUAGGGAAUACAAGAAGAUUGUCUCAGCCCUCUGGAACCCUGGGUGCUGCUUCCGGGAUGCUUCCAAGGGCAGCCAGUCCACAGGGCCUCAGAGCCAAACUCCACCUGUCGUUAAUGCCCAGCAUCCUGUCCAGCUUAGUUAUAAACAGAUGAAGACUGAUGGAUCGGUUUGUGAUGGAAGCAAAAUAGCAUUACGGGACGACAAACCUGGAGAGAAAAGUCAUCAAAAGGAAGUACAACAAGUCAGGCAUGGUGGGACAGACUCAGCAAGAAUGCCUGUGUGCCGGUGGCAGGGAGGAGGGGAACCAACCCUAGAUAUCCUUGGCCUCAUGGUGGCAGCCGGCUAUCCCGUGGGAGCCCUCGCCAUUGCCUCAGUGCUCCAGGCUGACUCAUGGCCUGCACCCGUGUCCGUGCUGGCUGUGCUGGACCACCUGGCCUGCCGUCUGCUACCUGGUGAGCUCCUGUCCACCCUUUAG